AUGAAAGAUGGCGAGGAGCAGUGGAUUCUGAAAAGUGAGGAACAGGAACAUCUGGAUAAGCUGUGUCGCCCAGGGAUACCAUUUUCAACGCCUUCCUUGCCUGUUUUCAAAGAGGAGGAAACCCUUUCCUCCUCGCCUUCUGAAGAGAGUUGGGCGAUUGAGGGUGAGAGUAAGGAGCUAGAGCUGAUUGAAAUCUAUCGUUUGUGUCCGGGUCUGGAGUCCUAG